AUAACAACAUGAUUGUGUUCGCUGGUCUCAGUGAUAAUCUUAUGUUUGAGUACGUUAGCAAGCUUCAUAGUUAAUCUAAUGAUACCCCAGUUAGGAAGCAUAUCUCAGUCUUGAACUGACAGUUUAUGCUACGAAAUGGAUUACCUGCUCCAGGUGAAAAUAGGCGCUCUGGUCGGUUUAUUGCUCUUAACUCUUCUUUUUGGAUUUAUCCCUGCUCGGGUCAAAUGGUUCAGACACACAAACGGGACAGAAACCCACCGCACAGUUCUGAGCCUGAUCAGCUGUUUUGCCGGUGGGGUUUUCCUGGCUGCAUGUCUGCUCGACAUCAUUCCAGAUUAUCUGUCAGACAUAAGCACUGAGAUGGAUGCUCGCAAAGUGGAGACCAGCUUUCCUCUUCCAGAGUUCAUCAUGGCUGCCGGCUUCUUUAUGGUCCUCAUACUGGAGAAGAUUGUCCUGAACUGCCGGGAGAUGGGAGGGGCUCAGGAGGAGAGGGCACCCCUUAUAACGGACAACACAAAUGGGCACGGGCACGUCCAUGGAACAAGCCCGGAUCUGGAGAGCAGCGGCCACCACGUCCAUGUUGACUUUCAGGCUCACUCCCCUUUUCGAUCCUUCAUGCUCUUCCUCUCACUUUCGCUCCAUUCGGUUUUUGAAGGUCUUGCUAUCGGCCUUCAGAACACUGAUUCAAAGGUAUUAGAGAUCUGCAUUGCUAUACUUGUCCACAAGAGCAUCAUAGUGUUCAGCCUGUCUGUGAAGCUGGUCCAGAGCGCAGUUCGUCCAUUAUGGGUGACCGCUUACAUUGCAGUGUUCGCCAUGAUGUCACCUUUAGGCAUCGCCAUCGGCAUCAGUAUAAUGGAGGCUAAGCUAGAAGCCGGAGCACUAAUCCAGGCUGUCCUGGAGGGGCUCGCUGCAGGGACGUUUGUUUACAUCACCUUCCUGGAGAUCCUGCCACAUGAGCUCAACUCCCACGGGAAGCAGCUUCUCAAGGUCCUCUUCAUCCUGCUGGGCUUCACCAUCAUGGCAGCGCUGACGUUUUUGGGCUGAGCCCUGUCAAGAUGUGGCCUGGACAGUUUGUGCUAACCACUGCAGCUCCCACAAGUUUGUGGGUGACCUUUAUACAGAAAGACAAAUUGUCUUUUUUAGAAAAGAAGAAAUAGGUUUACUGAUGCACUGUUCAAUCCAAUCCAACUCUGUUUUUAUUGUCAAAGGGAGCAUGACAACAGUUGUUGUUGUUUUAUUGCUGACAAUAUACUUUUAAAACAUUUCAUAAAGAAGGAGUCCAGCACAUUUGUGUGUAUACAUAUACAGUAUAUAUAAUUUCUUUUUAAGGAGAUUUUAUGUAAAGAGGAACCAUUUACUGCAAUGUUACGUUUGUUGCACAGGGGAAAGAAGUGGCAUAUCACUUCAUUUAUCACUGGCCAUGUUUUGAAACAUGUUUUGGACCUGCAAACAAGACAACCGUCUCUGACCUUUGGAAACCCCUGGAAACAAAGGGCCAUGUAUGUGUACGACACCUUGUGAUUAAUUCAGUCAUGUCAUGUGUAUCUGCACCUCCAGAUAUUUAAUGUUUACAUUUUAUUUGAAACACAUUUAAAAUGGUAUGACAGCUUCCUGUUUACAAAAAAAAGCGCAGUUUGUGCCUUCACUUAUGGUACGUUCUUUACUACAGGCUCAGAUGGACAGUUGGUCUUUGUAAAUUGUUAUUAAUUAUGUUUAUGCUGACCCAGGUUUAUUUAGUAAAUGCUGACAUUUUCGUGCAAUGCUUUUAGCUGUAGUCUAGUAAACUAAUGCAAAUGAAAACUGACUUCCAGAAGCCUUUAGAAGGUGCAUGCAAAAGAAAAAAGAGUAACAAUUAUGAGAAAAUGUGUGGAAUCUCUUUUUAUUUAUUUAAUUUUUUUGCACCUUUCUAAUAAAGAAUCAGCAAUUAUCUCCACAAAUGAGCUAGGCUAAAAUGUAAUUGGGUUUUAACAACCCACUAUUGGAACUGAUCACUAUUAUUUACAUUAUGCUGACCUUUGUCCCAGUUUAGUUCACUCUAACUAGACCGGACUGUUUGUCCAUUGUAAAUACAGACAACAUGCUGCUUUAUUCAAACACCUUCUUUAAGUAAAAGGUAUCAGUUGUAUUUGUAUUUGUGAAAUCAAACCUUGCAGGACAACACUGCAUGGUGCAUUGGGUACAUUAAUUCAAUGUAUUUUAAACUACAGUGUGGGCUGAGAGCCAAAACUGUAUUUUUCAUGGACCACAUGUCAAAAAUUCUAAAGUCCACAAAAAGCAGUGCGUAAAUGGAUGUAUGUCAUUCUAGUUGUAAACUGUCUCUGUCACAGGUCCUGUUUUAGUCUGGCAUGUGAUGGUCAGAUUGUUUCCUCAGCAGGAAGUUGGAAUGUGUUGGUUUUGUUGUCAUGAAAACUUGUACAUGUCAGCGGUUUUAUUACUUACAACACAUUUUGUGCAGAUGUGCACAUUAUCAGCAAUUUAUUUUUCAUUGAAGACCAUCUGACCAAAGCUGAUGUAACAACUUAACCAAAAAAAAGGAACAGUAAAGCUGUCACUGCAGCUAUCAAACUGUGCAUUAUAAUGUGUAGAAGUCCUUUGUAAAGUCCAAAACCAUUAACUGUCA